AACAUCAGUGUUCAUCUUUCUUGCUCACUCCCAUCGUCCGCACAUCUGCAUAUUCGCAUAUCCAGACGAUUUUACUUGCACCUAUCUAUCGAUAUGUCUUCCGACAAGUGUAACGUUCGCCUCUCUUUGUGUUCCCCUUCUCUCUCUGCUGGGAUUUCUACGCUGGUCUUUAUCCUUGAUGUCCUCAAGAUUGUGACCUUGGUCCUCUUCUAUCUUGUUGUUAUCAUGGCUGGGCUGGCCUUCGACGUCUGCCGCUGUCAGUUCGACCCUUCGACGGCCCAGAGUCCUGCUCUGUCCAUAGAUUCGCUCAGGCUCCAGGAAGCGGAGAAAGCAGUCUGCACCUCGAAGGCUGCUUCUUCGUCAGCCACAUGUGCUUCAUCUCCAUCAGGCCUUCCUCCGUCCUCGUCGUCCCCUGCCAUCCUGGAAUCAGAUUUGGACAACCCUCGUCUUGUACCUGAGCCUCGGCUGCACUGGAGCAUCAGUUGUUCCGACAUUAGCCCGCAGUUGCACAACGCUCCGAUAGGCCCUGGCCACUAUGUCCACGCACUGUUCUCCGAUGCGUGGAACGAGAACGCCGUUCUCCUGAAGCAGCUCUUACAUGUGCAGGAUGCUCUCAACACUGCCAACGCUGAUAUCGAUGGGCUCGUGCUGGAGAAUCUAACCAUGAGCAACCAAAUGGACCGUUUUAGGCGCGAUCUAGAGAUUGAAGAGGUUCGUCGCAACGAAGCUGAAUUGACGUCCCGGGAUGCUACAGCCAAGAUGAGCUCCCAAAGGUCUAUUCUCUCCUCAUUACAAUCUGCCAACAUUGCACUCCGCUUCGAGAUCGCAAACCUUAAGGCCGAGCGCGACGAACUCAUAGCCGAGAAGACGCCAUCCGACUUACAGCAAGAACAUGAUGAAGAAGUCCAAGCGUUGCAAGGAACGCUCGUCCGGACGAAGAGGGAACUCGAAAGAGCCAAGAAGGAGCUGAGGAAGUUGAAGAGAGCAGCUGCAGGAAUACCUGAAUUGAAGAUAAUAUCUCCUGAAGGGAACGUUAUACCCUAUACCUCGAGCAGUACCGAUUCCUUGAGCGAAGAUCGAAAUAUUUCGAUGAGGGAACGCCUUACGCUCGCGUACACGGAGAUUGUCGGCCUUAGGGACCAGUGCACAGCUUUGCAUCAUCAUGCAGACGAAAACGCAGAGUUACAGGAGGAUGUCAAGCAGCUUCUCGCUCAGCGCUCGGGUCUCUGGGAUCAGGUUGAAGCGGGCAACAGCGCCUGCCGCAAGCUGGAGGAGGAGAACAAGAAAUACUUCCGUCAGUUUGUGGAGAUCAGAGCUGAGCUAACCAAGGUAGAGAAGAGAACUGGUCAGUUGUUUGCCUCUUUGUUGUGCUUGGCGCUAAAACUUCCGCUCGUCAAGGAAUCGCAAUUUCAGUCAUCGAAGAAGAGGAGGAAGAGCCCGAAGUGGCAGCUCAUACUGUAUCCAAAGUUCCACCGACUGAUCAGGGCUGCCGUUCGGCAUUUGAUGACGACUCUGACGAUGAGUCUAUUGCUUCCUCGGUCUCGUGUUAUUCGAUGGCAUCCACGGAUGACUUUGACAUAUCCCUGCCCUCUGAGGUUGAUACACCUCAUACAUCAGUCCCUUCCUCCCCAUGUUCUUCACUUUCCGCACCCCCUUCUCCCUCUUUUACGAUGCCCUCUUGGGUUCCGUGUUUUGACUCAGCAUGCACGGAUUUUGCAUUCGACGUCGUUCCGGGCUCACCCCUCGCGGAUGCGAUUUCCGUGUAUGCCAGCAUCCACCAGCCUAUUGGUGUCAGCCAUCGUCCAUUCGUCACCCGUCGUGGACUCGGUAUUCCCAUCGUCCGUCCUUCCUGGCCUUCCGCUAGCUCCGUCUUUGCCCCUUUCGACGAAGCGUCCCCCAAGCGGAAGUUGGCUCUGGAUCUGGAUGAUGCGACACCCAGGACUCGUCGGAAGCACGAAGAAUGUUGAUGCAUCAAGUUUACAGUGUGUCUCGUUUGCAAAGGUUUUUUUUCUCUUCCCGAAAUUUUCUUUCCUUCUUCCUAUUUUUCUUGUCCCAUCAUUCCUACGAUUUCCUUCUUUUUGCAUUUGGUCGCAAGGUUUGUGUUUUGGUUAACGGGCUGUUCCUUUGGCUUGCGGUGGUCCUGGUUCCGGUUGCAUCGUUCGGCUGGGAUGCUUUCCCUCGAGGAUCCUGAUGAGGUGAAGUACUUUCUUGGGUUUCAUUGCUGCUUAUAUCUGUCUUCCACGUCUGCCCUUUAAAGUGGCACGGGAAACUCUAUAGGUGGUUGUGUUUCUCUUGGACUUGCGGAUCUCUCGGACUGGACUCCUCUAGUGAUGGUAUUUAGGCAGAUCCUGUACUCGGCUUACUCGGUGCUGUAAUAUAUUGGGAUUGU